AUGGGGGGUGAGAGGCAGGAAUACCUCGGGCCUAUUCUUACCCCGGAGCCGCAGGGUGAGAGGCAGGAAUACCUCUGGCCUGUUCUUACCCCGGAGCCGCAGGGUGAGAGGCAGGAAUACCUCGGGCCUGUUCUUACCCCGGAGCCGCAGGGUGAGAGGCAGGAAUACCUCGGGCCUGUUCUUACCCCGGAGCCGCAGGGUGAGAGGCAGGAAUACCUCGGGCCUGUUCUUACCCCGGAGCCGCAGGGUGAGAGGCAGGAAUACCUCGGGCCUGUUCUUACCCCGGAGCCGCAGGGUGAGAGGCAGGAAUACCUCGGGCCUAUUCUUACCCCGGAGCCGCAGGGUGAGAGGCAGGAAUACCUCGGGCCUAUUCUUACCCCGGAGCCGCAGGGUGAGAGGCAGGAAUACCUCGGGCCUAUUCUUACCCCGGAGCCGCAGGGUGAGAGGCAGGAAUACCUCGGGCCUAUUCUUACCCCGGAGCCGCAGGGUGAGAGGCAGGAAUACCUCGGGCCUAUUCUUACCCCGGAGCCGCAGGGUGAGAGGCAGGAAUACCUCGGGCCUAUUCUUACCCCGGAGCCGCAGGGUGAGAGGCAGGAAUACCUCGGGCCUAUUCUUACCCCGGAGCCGCAGGGUGAGAGGCAGGAAUACCUCGGGCCUGUUCUUACCCCGGAGCCGCAGGGUGAGAGGCAGGAAUACCUCGGGCCUGUUCUUACCCCGGAGCCGCAGGGUGAGAGGCAGGAAUACCUCGGGCCUGUUCUUACCCCGGAGCCGCAGGGUGAGAGGCAGGAAUACCUCGGGCCUGUUCUUACCCCGGAGCCGCAGGGUGAGAGGCAGGAAUACCUCGGGCCUGUUCUUACCCCGGAGCCGCAGGGUGAGAGGCAGGAAUACCUCGGGCCUGUUCUUACCCCGGAGCCGCAGGGUGAGAGGCAGGAAUACCUCGGGCCUAUUCUUACCCCGGAGCCGCAGGGUGAGAGGCAGGAAUACCUCGGGCCUAUUCUUACCCCGGAGCCGCAGGGUGAGAGGCAGGAAUACCUCGGGCCUAUUCUUACCCCGGAGCCGCAGGCCAAAGCCAGUUCUACUGCACGCAACGCGUGCCGCGAUAGCACAUCCCCUGCAGCAUCUACUACCCGCGUCGCACGCCUUCCACCCACUGGCACAGCUCGCAGACGUCGCUGGCCAGUCAUCGUGGAGCUGGUGGAAGCUGUGAGCUCCACUAGAGGCAAAUACCACCACCACCACCACCGCCACCGCCGCCGCCACCUCGACCAUACACUUUGUAUGGUUGCGUCCGAGCUCGAGUCAUUUUCACCUCCCACGUGUUGUAGGCCAGUUAAGCUAGUGCUCGAUCGCUAA